CUUUGUUUGCACGCCCGCCACGGCAUGGUCAUUGGAGAUGGCGCGUGGAAAUCACAGAGAGGAGGAGAAAGGAGGAUAGAUCUGUGGAGAGCGGAGCCGUGUGCCAGUCUGAGGGCAUCUCCGUGAUAUUUACCACUGAGCCUCCUCGGCACACACAGCGCCGGCUGCGUCGUACUUGGUCGAAUUGUAAGGGCAUCAAAAAUGGAACGGGAAGACACUUUGUUCCUCGGUUUUUGCAGAUGCUAUUGAAUACAACACAAGGACUCCAGGGCGGUGUAAUGGUUUGACAUGUUUUGUCAUCAUGUCUUACGUUGGCGCACGAGUCUGUGAUGCCAAGCAGCAAGCCAGAAGCACUCGAAGAGGAUGAAGACUUUAAUGUAAGUAGUUUUAUGAAACGUUAUUUGAACGACAAUUAAGUGAAAUCUUCUCACCAGGGAGGAGGCGUGGCACCAUUGGGUGUCUGAUCAGCUGUCCUUGGCAUACGGAUGACUUUUGCGCGGACACAAAUGAAGAGAAGACUCCAUGUGACAUUAUAUAAAGGUCACGAAUGAAAACCACAUGGUUAAACGAACUCCUCUCGAUUUUAUGUAGCAGACUUUACGUGCGUUUUGGAAUUUGGAGAGGCAUCCAGGCGCGAUCCAUGUUUUGUUUAGGACACACAGGUACCGGCGGUACCUGCGGGACUUAAAGCACAGUUGGGACUUGAAGGCAGCGUUGGGCUGUGGGCCAGUGAUGCCGGACACAUUCACACUCAUAAAGAACCGGACAGAGCCACGGCUGGGGCAGCUGGAGCGCGCACUGGACACGGACGAGAGCGCUCGCCCCGCCUGGGUCAUAGCAAUCCUGGCCAGCGUCUUGAUCUUCACCACGGUGGUGGACGUGCUGGGAAAUCUGCUAGUUAUCAUAUCCGUGUUCAGGAACCGCAAACUGAGGAACUCUGGUAAUGUGUUCGUGGUGAGUUUGGCCUUUGCUGACCUUGUGGUAGCUUUCUACCCCUACCCCAUGGUUCUCUAUGCUCUCUUCCACGAUGGAUGGUCAGUGGGGAACACACAAUGCAUGGUCAGCGGUUUCGUUAUGGGGCUGAGUGUCAUUGGCUCCAUUUUCAACAUCACUGGGAUUGCAGUGAACAGAUACUGCUACAUCUGUCACUCAUUCUCCUACAGUCGGCUGUACAGCUAUCGCAACACUCUGCUGUUUGUUGCCUUAAUUUGGGUUCUCACAGUCGUGGCCAUAAUCCCAAACUUGUUCGUCGGCUCCCUGCGCUACGACCCGAGGGUUUACUCCUGCACCUUUGACCAGAAUGUCAGCAGCUCCUACACAGUGGCCGUGGUGGUGGUUCACUUCCUGGUUCCCAUUGCAGUGGUUACAUUCUGUUAUCUACGCAUCUGGGUACUUGUGAUUCAGGUGCGACGCAAAGUGAAAUCAGAGGAGAGUCCUCGCAUCAGACCGAGUGACGUGCGGAAUUUCAUCACCAUGUUUGUGGUCUUCGUGCUGUUUGCCAUCUGCUGGGCUCCACUUAACCUGAUUGGCUUGGCGGUGGCCAUCGAUCCGUCUCGUGUGGUUCCCCGGAUCCCAGAAUGGCUUUUUGUGGUCAGCUACUUCAUGGCCUACUUUAACAGUUGUCUGAAUGCCAUCAUCUAUGGUUUACUCAACCGGAAUUUCAGGAACGAGUACAAACGCAUUGUCACAUCAAACUGGAUGGUUCGGCUCUUUGUGACGGAGACUUCGCGAGGCGCCACGGACGGCAGGAGCGUGAGGAGCAAGCAGUCGCCGCCUCAACCGAUCAACAACAACGACUCUGUCAGAGAUCGGUCAAACAAAGAAUGACAUCUAAAUCUAUGAGCCUGUUAAAUGGUAAUCCUGUUUUUAUGUGACAUCCAGUCAGUUGCCAGCUAAAGUGUCACAGAUGAAACUGACAUACAUACCGUAGCUUGGUUUCAGUUAAAUGACAUUGAUCGGAAUAAAGUGCAGGGUAAUUUG